UCCGCCCCCCGGUGGAUGAAGCAAACACACCCGGGGAUCGAGCAAGUCCUCAGUCCGGCUGAAAGUUCUGGAGAACAGGGUCAGAGCCGACCAGAGUCCCGGAGGUCCACACUGGAUAUAAAGCGGAGCAACACACGGACAUGACUUUAAUUUAAACUCCCAAAGACGGACGGAAGGACUCGGGUUGGCUCGGCUUUGUUCGCUUCAGCUCCGGAUAUAUACAUAAACAAAAUAGUUUCAUUCGUAGUCUUAUCAAAAACAGUUCGGUUGUUUUUUUGCAGCUUCCAUUUUUGUCACCUUAAGUUUAUUAAUUUCAUUCAGACCGAAAAAGAAACUCAACCAACAGCUGACUGACGAAACGUUGAGCAACCGGGACAAUAAUAAUAAUACCGAGACAAAGACGUCACCACCGGACAGUCCGCUAUACUGUACCGGUUCAAACUCAGGGGGAAACCUUUUUGUUUUGAUGUCUUCAACAACUUCUGCUCCAUAGACAGACUGCUGCUGUGACUCACCUGGCUUCCUGUUUACCUGCAGCCCCUCUCUUUAAAGCACAAGAUGAGCAUGGCCGUGACUGCAGCCAGUUCUCAGCGCUGUCUGAAGAGACUGUUGGACGAGCCCCAGGACAAUUCACCCAAAUGGAAAGCAGCUCGUCUGGAUCCGACCCCUCCGGCCACCGGACUCUCGCAGUGCCUCAGGCCCAUAAGCCCCUCCCCCAAGCCCGACCAGAGCCAAUCACCUUCCAGAGUGGGAUCCUACAUCCUGUUUAAACGCUGCGAGGGGGAGAAGACUUACAGGGCCGAGCACGCACACACAAAACAGCAAUACACCUGCCAGGUGAUUCCUCUGCGUGGUUACCAGGAGCGGUUGGCUGCUUACUCCCGCAUCGGUGACCAUGACAACAUCUGCAGCCUGCAGGACGUAGUGAUUGGCCAGGACAGCGUGUACGUCUUCCUUCCCACUCACCACGGUGACAUGCACGCGUAUGUGCGAAGCAGGAAAGUUGUCGGCGAGGAGGAGGCGGGGCAUCUGUUCACUCAGAUGCUGAACGCCGUGACUCACUGUCACCAGCACGGCGUCGUCCUGAGAGACCUGAAGCUCCGCAGGUUCGUCUUCACCGACAAAUACAGGACACGUGUUGCUCUGCUCGGCCUCGACGACUGCGUCCUCCUGCACGGGAACCAUGACGACGACUCUCUGACGGACAGACACGGCUGCCCCGCCUACGUCAGCCCCGAGCUACUGACCAAUGGGCACAGGUCUUACUCGGGCCGCGCCGCAGACAUCUGGAGCAUGGGCGUGUCUCUGUACACCAUGCUGAUUGGACGAUACCCGUUUCAGGACACACAACCCGCUGCGCUGUUCGCUAAGAUCCGCCGCGGGGCCUUCAGCCUGCCUGAUUGGCUUUCGCCACGAGCCAAGUGUCUGAUUGGCUGCAUGCUGAGGAAGUCACCCGCAGAGAGACUGACGGCGUCGGAGCUGCUGAUGCACCCGUGGCUUAACAAUCCCCGCAUGCAACAUCACAAAACACAAAAGACUCAUCACAGCUCGCACAAAACACCACAGACUAAACAAGAGGACGAUGACCAGGUGGUUCCAACAUGGACUGAAAAACACUAAGACACACAAUUGUACUUCUAUACUUGUGAGGACCCAAAUCAAUGUAAUUCAACUCCACCCCUAGAGUUUUAAAGAAGUAUUAUUGUUUGCAUCGAUGCCAUAAAGAAAGCCAACAGCUAGCUUCUAAUUUAGCAAGUUCUUCAGACCACUCGGUAAAAAUCCAAAACACAUUGCUUCGUGUUUUUUUAUUAGACUUUGGUUGUUCCACCCAACGCCAAAUCCGCCCUGGGUAACUGCUGAUACAUACAGGGGAAAAUCCAAACACCAUCCUCUUAUGGUUUUGGUGUCGCAAUGGUUGAAGCAUGUCCUUUUCUGUGGUAAACUAAGUAUUCAUUUACACAAGAACUCGUACCAAGAAACAGACAGUAUUGCAUAAUUAAAAAGGAAGGAUUAUUAUUGGGAAACCAAUCUAAAUGCUGAUAGUGCCAUUCUUCUCCAGCCAUUAAUUCCACAGUGAAGGAACAUUUACUUAAUCGUUAAUUUAUUCCAUAACUUGUCUAUUGCCAUUAAGCUAAUUAGCCCCAACCCUUGGGGGACCUUAACCUGAUAUUUACUCUAAUAAAAAAAAACACACUGAAAACCUCAAACAGCCUUCAGACAAAAUAUCACAACCAGUCAAAAACUGAAGUAGGUCCUCACAAAGAUAGACAUACAAGAGUGCACACACACACUACAGACACAGUAUAAUCCUGGGUUACUUGACCAGACUCACAUGUGCCUUCCUCAACUAGCGACUUCUAAAGUAGAGAAAUUCCCAGAAACAAUGUAAAGGGGACCAGCCACUUUCUCUCAGUGUUUACACUUCCUGGUUGCUUCCUAGAAUUAUAAGACAAGGAUCCGCCUGUGUUUGCAAAAAUAAAUAAAAAUCUUCCUAAAAAACAGAAAUCCCCAGAGAAAAGUUCAGAAGUUUAGAUUAAGUUUAAGUCUGAUUUUAAAUUAGCUGAGCUUCCCAUUCUUUUCUGGUGAUCCUAGUGUAAUGGAAGCUAUUUUAUUCACGAUUAAAACAUUCACACUCCAUUGAUUUCUGUUUUUGUGGUGCCUAUAAAACUGGUUAUCCAAAAAAAGGAUUAACUCAUAUUAUAAGAAAGAUUUAUGUUUUCUUGAGACAUGAAAUAUUUCCUGGAUUUCAAAUAUGUUCACCUCAGCAAAAAUAGAAGGAUUAUUCUGGGACAUCAAAAGUGGCUCUCGAUCGACCACCAUCCCAAAAUAACAGUGCCGUAUUUCGUGAUCAUAAAAAAAAAAACUAUUUUUGAUGCGUGUCAACAGAAGAGUAUAAUUACAUCUCAGAAUAAAGGAACGAAUAUAAGCACUGUGUGUUGAAUCAUAAUAUGAAAAUAGCAAUGUUGUAAUCUUGAGAUAACUGGCCUAAAACAUUUCCCAACACUGAAGUCUUUGACAGAACGACCACGCAACCAGCCAAUAGGAUGCCUUCUUCUGAAUGUGUCACACCUCAGUUCUAGAGAUACAAUUAAAGAUGUUUCACAAACUG